AUGGCUGGCGACAAGUCGAGCACGUCCACCGGCUCUCGCGCGAAUGAUGCCUUUCCGCGAGCGACGCUUCCAGCGGAUCUCCAGAAGCUCGUCGACAAGCAAGAUGACUACUGGGAGGACGUGUACGACGGCGCGGGCCCAGAUACCACCGAAACGAAUAUGCGAUAUGCUGCUUAUGCAAAUCGUCUGCGGACCAUUAUGCUGAGCGCCCAACGUUACGUUGCAUACACAUCCGACAUUGGCGAGUCUUUUCGUCCUGUUGCGCACCCCUACCUGGUCAGAGGGGCGUACGCCGUAUCAUGGGCAUAUAUACUUGGCGAUGUCGGCCAUGAAGGCUACAAAGCCUACAAGAGGAACCAAAGACUUCUAUACCCGCAAUCUGAGGAGUAUCAUGAUGCGACAACGAAGGGCCCAGCAGAGGCAGCUCAGUCGCCGGCACCGACGAAACCGGUCCAGCUACCUGCCAUUGAAGACUACCGAAGUGUGAUGGUCCAACGGGCGGUCUUCCAGAGUCUUGCAUCUAUGGGGUUACCGGCAUUCACUAUCCACAGUAUUGUCAAGUACUCUGGAAAGGCACUGAAGAAUGCAAAGAACACCACCAUCCGGACAUGGGGUCCCAUCGGGCUUGGUCUGGCGGCAGUGCCUGCACUUCCAUAUCUGUUCGACAAACCUGUUGAGGAGGCUGUUGAGUGGACUUUCUACCAAGCCUUCCGCGCGAUAGGUGGCGAGAGCGCUGUCGGCGAUAGACAUGCUACUGGGAGGGAAAAGACAUUACAGUCCGAUGCGAAAGCGGCUAAAGCGAAGAAAGAACUAUAA